AUGGACCUGAUCCCAAGCUUUUCUGUGGAAACAUGGGUUCUCCUGGCUACCAGCCUGGCUCUCCUCUAUCUAUAUGGGAUCUAUACACAUGGACUUUUUAAGAAGCUGGGAAUUCCAGGGCCAAAACCUCUCCCUUUUUUGGGAACUCUCCUGGGCUACCGUAAGGGUUUCGGGGGUUUUGACACGGAAUGUCUUAAAAAAUACAGAAAAAUGUGGGGGUUUUAUGAUGGUCGACAGCCUGUGUUGGCUAUCACAGAUCCAGACUUGAUCAAAACUGUACUAGUGAAAGAAUGUUAUUCUGUCUUCACAAACCGGCGAUCUUUUGGUCCAGUGGGGUUUAUGAAAAAUGCCAUCUCUAUAUCUGAGGAUGAACAAUGGAAGAGAAUACGAACUUUGCUGUCUCCAACCUUCACCAGUGGAAAGCUCAAGGAGAUGUUCCCCAUCAUUGGCCAGUAUGGAGAUGUGUUGGUGAGGAACCUGAAGAAAGAAGCAGAGAAAGGCAAGCCCAUUGCCUUGAAAGACAUUUUUGGGGCCUACAGCAUGGAUGUGAUUACUAGUACAUCAUUUGGAGUGAACAUCGAUUCCCUCAACAACCCACAAGAUCCCUUUGUGGAAAAUACAAAGAAACUCUUAAGAUUUGAUUUCCUUGAUCCAUUCAUUCUCUCAAUAACAAUUUUUCCAUUUCUUAAUCCAGUUUUUGAAUUAUUAAAUAUAUUUCUAUUUCCAAAGAGUGUUACUGAUUUUUUCACAAAAUCUGUAAAAAGGAUAAAAGAAAGUCGCCUCAAAGAUAAAGAAAAGCAACGAGUGGAUUUCCUUCAGCUGAUGAUUAACUCCCAAAACUCCAAAGAAAUGGACACCCAUAAAGCUCUGUCUGAUCUGGAGCUUGUAGCCCAAUCUAUUAUAUUUAUUUUUGCUGGCUAUGAGCCCAUCAGCAGUUCUCUUUCUUUCCUUCUGUAUCUUUUGGCCACUCACCCUGAUGUCCAGCAGAAGCUGCAGGAGGAGAUUGAUGCAACUUUCCCCAAUAUGGCACCUCCCACCUAUGAUGCUCUGGUACAGAUGGAGUAUCUUGACAUGGUGUUGAAUGAGUCUCUCAGAUUAUUCCCAGUUGCUGGUAGAAUUGAAAGGACCUGUAAGAAAGAUGUGGAACUUGGUGGGGUAUUCAUUCCCAAAGGAACAGUGGUGAUGGUGCCAUCCUUUGCUCUUCACCGAGACACAGAGCUCUGGCCACAACCUGAGGAGUUCCAUCCAGAAAGGUUCAGCAAGGAGAACAAGGACAGCAUAAAUCCUUAUAUAUAUAUGCCCUUUGGAAAUGGACCCCGAAACUGCAUUGGCAUGAGGUUUGCUCUGAUGAACAUGAAAGUUGCUGUUGUCAGAGUGCUGCAGAACUUCUCCUUCAAACCUUGUAAAGAAACACAGAUUCCCCUGAAAUUAGUCACUUAUGGAUUUCUUCAACCAGAAAAACCAAUUGUUCUAAAAGUUGAGUCCAGAGCUGGGAGUGGAGCCUGACUUUCCCUGAGGUCUUCUGCUUUGGUCUUCAAGGAAGCUAUAUCCCAGAACAGGAGAGACCUCGAUUUACUUUGUGAAUGAAAUCCAGAAUAAAGAUUAUCUUAACCU